AAAGAGCAACUGGGAAUUACGGAGGUUGCCAACUCAGAGAAAUGUCAAUACAAGACAUAGAAGUCCUCAAACAUUUUGCAGUACUCAAAUAUUUACAGUUUUGAUGGAAAUUAAUUUAGUUUUCCGGCUUUCCAAGCUUAUUUUGUUUGACGGUAACGUAACUGCAUGGGGAUUUUAAGAAGAGGAUGAUGACACGCGUUGGUUACACGUUACACCAUAUGUGCCAUUCAGAUUCUGGAUUUCAGAAGAUUCUGAAGAUUUUAUAAAUCUGGCCGAUUUGAUUCUCUCUCAAUUCUGAGCAGGAGGAUUGAAAUUGUGAAAACUAAAAUGGGAUUUCACGAUGGAUUUUUUACUGGAAGCAAUCGGCUGAACUUUGAACCUGAAGAAUUUCACGCUGAUUCAUUCUCCGUCGACUCUUUCAUUCAGAGGAAACGUCAAGCUGUCCCCUUAGAUGUUUUAAGAGACGAUCUUGGUUCUCAUCUAAAGUGCCUUCGGUCCUCCCUCAUUGAGCUCAUCAAUCAGGACUAUGGACAAUUCGUCAACUUGUCUUCCAAUUUGGUGGGGCUGGAUGGGAGAAUUCAGAGCAUUGUUGGGCCCUUGACAAGAACAAAGAACGACUUGCAGGGCUUCGAUCAACUGUUGGAUGACAACAUUUUAUCCCUGUCUAGUCAGUUGGAAACCCGAAGGAGAAUCCGGAAGGGAAAAGUUCAGUUGCAGUAUCUGAGAAUGGCCUCUGUUGCGUUGGAUUCAUCAGAGAAGCUAAUCAAGAAAGUACCUUCAGAGAUUGGGUCGCAAAUGGACUUUUGCAUGUUGCGAAAUGCUUGCGAUGAAGUUGCUGAGGCCAAAUUUUUGUUGCAGUGUUGUGGAAAUUCUAAACUUGAGACACAGUUGGUUUCUAGAUGGGGCGUUUUAUGCAACACUAUCCUGAGCAGAAUUAAAAACUUACUGAAAGCCUAUGCAGAUAUUGAUUUCAUCAAUGAAACAGAUCUUGCCAAAUCUUCACAGGACUCAAAAACAAUUAUGAAAUCCUUGCUCUAUAUGUACACCGAAUUACAAUGUGAUCCAGUGGUUGAAGAUAUUUUAGUCAAGGAGGUGCUUCAACCUAAAUGUGAAUUAGUGCUGUCAAAAAAGGGAAAUAUUGGUGCCUUGUUUGACACGAUUGAAGUAUUUUUAGCACAAUCUCCAUUAAUUUUUGUUUGGCGAAAUUUACAAGAAUUUCCCUGGAUGGCAAAAUAUGACUUUAUUGGGAGGGCAAUAUUCCCAUGUGUUUUGAACAUUCUUUGCAAACAUUUUCCUCACAUUUGGUCCCCAUCCAAUCCAGAAUCCUUUCAUAGCAAUUGGAUGAGAUGUGAUAAGUUCAUUUUAACUUUAGAAAACAGUAUGCCUUCCAUCGAUCACUUGCAGCAAUUUCGAGUUUCUCAUGCAGUAAAAGAGUUCAAUUCCAAAUGGCAGUUCCCAGUAUACUUCCAACUAAGGUUCCAUGCGAUAGCGACAGAAUUAGAAUCAGCGCUAGAAGAUUUAACGGCACCGUGUUCAACGACAGAUUUUAAACUGGAUGCGACGAGGGUGAUGAUCAAGGUUCUAAAUCAGUGUUGGGAUCGAGAUAAGGUUUACAUUUCCAGAAUUUCCGGGCGUUUCUUAAAAGCUAGUGCCUUAGUGGUUUCUCGUUACAUUCGAGAAAUUCAAAUGAAAAUAUCUACCAACAAGUCUGUGUCCAUCCACCUUUCCAUCAACGCAUAUUGUGAUCUCAACCUUGCCGAAUUGGUUGUUCGUCAAAUAUUAUUACAAAAAAUGACCAACGAUUGUUAUUUGAACUCGAGUUGCCUAGAAGAAGAAAACCUUAACACUGAUUUGACAACACAACAACUUUCUAAUUCCGCUGUACAAUUCCUGUCUCAAUUUUUAUGGGAAGACGCAAGGGGUGCUAUUGCAGCCAAUUUAGUCGAAAUUGCUAUUAGCCAAAGUUCAACAAGUAUUUCUGCAGUGAACGAUUUGCCACGACUUUUCAGAAGAACUAAUAGAGAUUCACCCUCAAAACCAUUGGAAUAUGUAGAAAGCAUUUUACUUCCCGUGUCUUCCUUGAAAAAUGACAUCUAUAAUUCCCAUCAAACAGACUUGUGGGAAAAAAUUGGAGAUAAAAUUGGUCUUCAAAUUUUACAAAGGUAUCAAGCCCAAGUACAAGAAGUAUUGGUGUCGGUUCAAAGAAUGGAGGAGAGUCUUCGUAGGUUGAAAAAAGUCAAAGGACAAAGUCAGUCGUCUGGUGAUGCCGGUAAAGGACAAACAGACGAUGAUAAAAUUAGGUUACAAAUUCAACUGGAUGUAAAUUAUUUUGUGCAAAAGUUGAAUGAAAUCAGUCCGCAUGUGGACACUUCUGGAAUUCAAAGCUUAUUUAGAACUGAAAACGGAAAGCAAUAGUCCAUCCGACAAUAUUUAUUAUGAAAAUAAAUGAAAUGAAUUACCGAAAUAAAGUUCUGCAGCAAUAAUAACAA